UUUCCCCGAUUUGAACUAAAAAAUGUUGAUUUUCUUGAGUCAAAAUGAGACUAUCCCUAAAUAUAUUUCAAGAAAAAAAGCACUGGCAGGGCUCAUAUUGUCUAAUUAAAACCCUUAAUUACAGGGACUCAGAUGAAGGGUCUUUGGCGACCUGCCUACCCCCUUUCCCCAACACUUUCUUUCACCUCAUCUCCAGUUACACCCUUACCGACCAGGUCCCUGACCAAGCCGCUCUGUCACCACGAUCCCAGUUGCCAAGCUCGUCUCCCCUUCUUCUCCCGCGCAUCAGUUGCCUCGCUUUCCCAAACGCCUCCCUCGUUCUCUCCAGGCGCCGCUGCCUUCCCGGGCGACGUGGGAAACUCACGCGGCAAAAGGGGCGGAGUCGGCGCCUUCUUUUUUCUCUCCGCGCCUUCUUUCUCGGCCAAUCCCCUUCCCAGCCCGCUCUGUCCGGACACCAACUUUUAGCCAAUCCGAAGGCGGCGGGGCGGAGUUUGCCAAGUUGGGCCGCGGCUCCCCCGCGCCCGGGCAGCUAUUGGCAGAGCGCGACAGCCCCUCAUUGUGUCUAUGAUAAUCAGGGCGGCGGAGGCGUGCUGCCCCUGCUCUGCCUCCCCGGGCUGCGCUGCCUCCUCCGCCCAAGGCAACCCGGCUUCUAUUUAAGCGCCGCGGCGGCUCCCCGAGACUCCCGAAGAUGACGGCGCCUCCGCCACUGGCCUCCGCAGCCCGAGGCUCCGCGCCCGAGCCCGGAUGGGAGAAGGCAGCGCGGCGACCGGCACCGGUGGCUGGAAGGCUCGGCUCCCGCUUCUCCGGACGCUGGCAUUAGCCGGUCCCGCGGCGGCUGCCAUGAGCUGCUCCGACGUGGUGAGGCACCAGCCGCAGGCGACGUGCUGCCCGCCCCAGCUCAAGCUGCCCGGCGCCGUAGCUGCGGGUCCCGCCGCCCCCGGCGCCUUGCCUGCGCCGCCCUUCGCGCACAGCCAGCAGGUGAGACCCUUGCCGGACGCGCAGGAGGCGGGGCAGGUUCCAUUCUAGGAGCGGGGUGGGAGAAGAACAGACGGGGCGGCUCAGUUUGGAUGAAGAGAGCCGCUUCUCCGAGCGACUCUCCCGCUGGUUUUACACGUGUCUGUGAUGAACCUGACAUACUUGCGAGCCAGGUCGCCAGCUCAUGGCCCUGACUUCAGUAUGUGCGAGUGACGGAUGCAGCGGUCAGCGGGUGAUGCACGUGUGAACGAGGCUCCAGCGUGCGCGAUGUCUUAAGCGCGUGCGACGACCUGUGCCUUGAGUAUUUGUGCCUCUAAGCGCGUGUUGACAUAAACGUCGAUGUGCGUCACUCCUCGUAUCUUAGGAAUGUUUAUGUCCUUCUUCACGGUCACCCGCUCUUUCUCGCACAGACGCCCGCUUUGUCUCUCCCACGUCGCAGGCACAUACAUUCCCUUGGGUGCGGCACACGCUGCCUGUCGCUACUUGUGACAGACAAGGCAUCGGGGCUGUUUGCCACCACGUGUGUAUGUGUGUACCUGGGCGGGGUGGCGGAGAGGGGGACCGAGCCCCAGCCGAGGGGGGGAAUGUCAGGCGCGCCGGCCUGUGAACAGAGAGCACACCUGGGGGUCAGGGGUGUGGGGCGUGAGAGUGUCCGGCGGCGACUGGGACCUAGACGGAGCGGGUUUUCACGACCUCCCGCUCCCUGAAAGUAGCAGCAGAGGCGCUCCAAGUCACCUUAGGAUCUGACGCGGAAGUUUCUUGGCACUUUCCAGAAGCUCAGAUAGCGGAAACAGACUUCUUCGACGGACGGUGUCCUUUAGUGGUGCCGGCAGGAUUGCUCCCUCUGGCGUGUUACCUCCCUUGCUCGUGACUGUGAGGAAGUGGGUCUGGAAGGGGAAAGGCGGCAAUGAGAGAGGUGAACGUCUGGACUUCGACGACGCGUGUCUGUGCGUCUUAAAAGCGCGCGCUAGAGCGGGGAAAGUUGGGCGUGCGUGUGAAUAUACUUGAGACGGCUUUGGACCCCAGGGUCUGGAAUGUAUGUAUUUUUCUGGAUUCCAGCCGAGUGACCCUUGCGGGGCUCGCUUUCUUGACAGCCACUCGGCUUGCGAGAGCCUCGCCAGGUAAGCAGGAAGCGCUUCUCAUCGGCCGCCUGCGCCCGUCCUCCGGCACCUGAGGGCCAGGGCAGCCCCGGCGCUCGGCCCUGCUCCUAGAAAAGAUCGCGCAGGGCUGAGUCCUGGCCAAAGUUGCCCACGGGAAAGCGGAGGAAAGCUCGUCCGCGUUACUUAGGCAUGGCGCCUGACGAGAUCGCUGGGCGCAGACACGUUUGGGGCGCUGGAUCAUCGCACCUUGGUUUUGCUCAUCUGGUUCCCACCCCCCGAAUUCUGAAUUAGUGCUGGGAUGGUGCCCUUAAGGAAGAUUGCAUUUGUGCUCUGACUUCUGAAGGUAUGCUUUCGAAAGCAAGCUCCAUUGCUUUCACGGAACUUAUUUCUAAGUACAAUGGGAUGGAUUGCGAGAUCUGUUUGUUUGCGAGUUGGUCUCGUUGAUUCUAACAGACAUACUCGGAACACAGCUGCUUUGGAGGGAGAUCUUCCUGUCCAUACAAUGUAAUUUGGGAUUGUGGUAUGUAAGGGUUUACUUCCAAGUAAAUGUGCGCUCCUUAAACUUGCUAUCCUGGUCAGUUGUAGGUGUUGCCCCGUUCAAGAGCAUAGCCAGAAAGUCAUUUUCGUAAUUGCAGUGAGUUAAAUGGGUCUGUAUGUUGGAGCAAAAGGUACAACAGAAGAGUUUUGUGGUACUUUACGACUACCAGAUUAAUUUGGGUUUACACUUUUGUGAACUAAAGAAAGUCCUCUUCAUCAGAUGUAUCUGAUAAAGUGGGCUCUACUACACAAAAACUUAUGCUGCAACAAAUCUGUUACACUGAGGUGCCACAAGCCUUUCAGUAAUCCUACACAGGUCAACUCAAAAGUAAGCCCUAUUAACUUCAUUGGGAAUUAAGCCUGUAUAGGAUUGCAACCUUUACUGCCUUUACUGUUUUAAUUGCUUCAUUUGGGUUUUUAAUUGAGAGCAUUGCUUUGUGGGUGUAAACAGUGUUAUUUCUAUACCAAGCAUAAUUCAUUGUAAUCAACUAUAACAAUGGCCUAGUUGUACUUUCUGCAUAUUAUUACUAUGGCUGCAAUCCUGGACACGUGUACUAUGUCCUACUGAACACAGUAUAACUUACUUCUGAGUAAACAUUCACCAAGUUGCACAGUAUGUCUAAUUGGUGUGCAGGACACCUCACUUGAUAAAACAAGCCCCAAUACUGUUUUUUGUUACAGUGCUGUUUUAAAGUACUAAGUUCUUUUGCAGAUCUAAAGGAGAAGAGGGUUGUUGUUGUUUAAAGACAGUCAAACAUCUUGUUCUUCUAGUAAAGCGGCAAGGGCUGUUUUUACCCUUUAACUUAAGAAUCUGAUGUAACAAAGUAAAUCAGGAAAUUCUUAUCAGGCUGACAGCAUUUUUAGACUAUGCUUGUGCGUGGGUGAAGUGGGACUAAUAUUGACUUGGCCCCAAUGCAGUCAUCUGAGAAUACAUUUUUUGGUUGUUGCUGCAUUCCAUAAGGUUUUAUCAUUAUUAUCCACAAAAAUUGUUUUCUCCGUACAUGGGAAGUGACCCUUAAUACCAGCUUGCCUGGGAGACACAAAUAUGGGCUAAAAUACAAAAUCCCUUUUUCAAGUUUAUUAUUUCCUCUUUAUUCAUUGCCAAGGCAGUUUGAGCAAUGCUUGGCUAACUUUUUCAGGUCCAUUAUACAUGGACAGUAAGAGCGUGUAGAAUUUGGGAUGUCUUCCCAUCACCAUCAUCACUGAAGUAUACUGAAGUUUAUUUUGCAAUAUGGGUUAUUACAGUUGCAACUGAAACCAUUUUACUGAUUUGCAGUUUUACUGUUUAAGCAUUCCACAAUUCCAAGUAUUAUUUGCUAAGAGAUCAAAUAUGAACAGAUGUUCCAGUUUGCUAUCAUAUUUGGAAGUCCAGCGUAGCAGUGGAAAAAUUAGGGUUUAUAUACCUUAAAUUUCUUCAUCUCUACUUUUUCAUUUUACAGUUCCAGGUUUUGAGCAUCUUUUUUCAUCUAUGUAUUUUUAAAAUUAUGAAGUCGCUUUCUUUUUAGGGGACUACUGAGUCCAUAGAGCGAAGCAUAUACUGUAUUUAGCAAGUAAAUUUCUUUGUUGGCGAAUUGUUAGAUCUAACUUCUUCUAUAUGCCACUGUCCCUAUGUUUUCCUGCCUUGAUCUUUUCUCCUUGGGUUUUUGUUUCAUUUUUUUCUAUAUGAAUCUUAACAGCGAUAAGAAAACGGUGAUUAACUUUAAUUGUUGACAGCCUGAACACAGGUAUGCUUCAUUGCCUGAACACAGUUUAGUUUAUGAAACACUUUACUUCUGUUUGGCUGUUCUCCCCCCACCUUUUUUAUAUUUCCAAGCUGGCAAGUUUGUAAAGAGGUGAUGUCUCUGCUCUUUUCACGUAUUUAUGGAUUUCUGAUUUAAUAAAACCUGAGGGUAAUAACUAUGAUAUUGCGUAACAUUGAUAAGAACCCCGACUCUCACUGCUAUCUAGCAGAGGUAAUGUGCCUGGAGCAGCUUCCACAUACUGUUUUCUUUGCUGGGUCACAUUCCUUGCAGCUUUUGCUGCGCACUGUAAAAAUCUUCCGUGUAUGGCACCUAUGGCUGAAUGCUGGUAUGUUCUGACUCAGUCCAGUAUACAUCCCUGAUGGCAUCAGCAUGGCGAGGUUGAAAGCACUGGUUCCUUCUAGGGAGAAGAGGACCAAAUCUAGCCUAUCCUUCAAACAGGUGACGGGCACUCUCAGAGCUUCACCAACUGUGCUGGUCAUCUGUUUCACAGGUGCAUGUGCAUAGGUUUUAAUGGACGUGGACAUGCAGGGAAAUGUGUCUGGGGAAUCUUUGGUCUAAGACUAAAAAUUGUAGAAACAAUCACACUUCCUUUACCUUUGCACACUUGAUGGUUAUAGAAUGGCAACAUUUGGAGUCAAUAAAAUUCAGAAGACACUGCCAGUGAUAUUUUAGGGGAUUUGGAAUAUUUGUUUGCCUUUAUAAGUAAUACUUUAUAAGCCCGUAGCAGGCAAAAAACAAACAAACCCUACAACAAUAACAACCCCAGAUUUGGAAGGUCACGAUAAUAUUUUUGGUUGGCACGCUUAUUUGUGGUAUGAAAAGGUGAAAGUACAUAAAGGUUUUACAAACAAUAUAAUUAGGAAAAAUUUGUAUAGAAUAUGGGACAAAUACAAAUUUUUAUUGGAAACUAAAACACCGCUUUGGUUUUCACCUUUGAAGCCAUAGCAGUGAAAAAGAAAAAUAUGUCGGAAAGUUGGGCGACUUAUAGAAAGGAGAGGAGGGUGGAGAAUUUAAAUUAAAAGAGGUUAAGGAUUUACCAGGAAUGGUAACAAAAUGGUAACAAUAUCAUUUGAACGAAAUAUUUAGAAAGGAUAUGAAGUGGGGGUUUGGGGAACAACUAUCACAAUUAGAGACAUCUUAAAUUGUAAUGUUAAAGUGAUGUCUAAAAUGUACAAGAUGCUGUUGGGUAGGGAGACAAAGGUCGAACAAAUGAAAUCUUCAGUGAUAGACUGGGCAAUAGAUAUUAGGCAUAAUAUAGAAAUGGAAGGAUGGGAACGAUUAUAGAAUACAGAUAUAAAAUUUACAGCAUGUUAUUGUUUAAGUCAAAAUCAUAUGAAAAUGCUAUAUAAAUGGUACCUAACACCUAGUAGAUUGGCAAAAAUGUAUAAAUCAAAGUCAAAUAAGUGUUGGAAAUGUAAAGAAAAAGAGGGCACCUUUUUCACAUGUGGUGGUCUUGUUAAAGCUUACUGGGAAAUGAUGAUAUAUAAUGAAUUGAAAAAGAUGUUUAAGAUAACAUUAGUAAAAAAAGCCAGAAGCUUUUCUCUUGGGAAUUAUAGGAUUAGAACUACCCAAAAAAUAUAGAAAUUUAUUUAUGUAUGCGACUAUAGCUGCAAAAAUGUUAUUUGCCCCAAAGUGGAAGGAUAUAGAAGUACCAACAAAAGAAGAUUAGAUACAGAAACUAGUGGAGUAUGCAGAAAUAGCAAAACUUACUGGAAGAAUAAGAAAUCAAGACAACAAACGUUUUAGAAAGGAAUGAACGUGGUUUAUUGAGUAUUUACAAACAAGCUGCAAACAGUUCAAGACAUUGGCAGGAUUAUUGUGAAAACCUGUAGUUUUAAACAUAUAUAUGAGAUAUAUAUGGGACACGGGUGGCGCUGUGGGUUAAACCACAGAGCCUAGGACUUGCCGAUCAGAAGGUUGGCAGUUUGUUUGUUGUUGUUUUUUAAAUGAUAUUUAUUAAGAAUUUUAAGAUUACAGAAAAGUCAAGAAGAAAAAAAGAAGAAAAAAGCAAGGAAAAACAAACCACAAUCAAACAAUACAAGUCGAUAAAAAUCAAAAGCAAAAAACAAAAAACAAAACACAUAACACAUCAAAAUCAAAAAACAAAAAUAAACCACAAAAGUUUAAAAACAGAUCCAAUAUUCCCAAAUCCUUAACUGUCAUUACCUUAUUUCAUCGACCUCCUCACCCCUCCCUUUUUGUAUUCUAGUUAUUGAUUAUCACAGCAAAUCCUUCCCAUUUUUCAUAAUAUUCUGUCAUUAAAUUACCUUAAUCUAUUUUAACCUUAUCUUACUAUAAAAAACCCUAAAACUUAAAGCUUGAGUCUUAUCUAUACCAAUUUCUCAUAACCAUGACAUAUUCUUGCAUAGUUCUUUUUAACAUUUCUGCUAAAGCCAAAUAAUUUCGUUCCAACAUUUUUUUAAUACUCAUUAAUUUUAGAAAACAUUCCUAAAUAGAAUUUUUGAAACUUUCUCCAAUCUUCAUCCAACGUCUCUUCCUCCUGGUCACGGGUUUUGUCAGUCCUUUCUAUCCCAUCCAUCUAGUUCAUUAACCUGGUAACCUUAUGUCAGAGGCCCUUAAGUCUCUUCCAUGUCCCUUCCGCAGAUCUUCUGAAUAUUUAUACCUGUACUUUACUUUGUCUUCUGCUCCUUUCACUCGUGGAGACUCCAGCUUGCCAGUAUUUUUAUCCCUUCUCGACAGAUCAGCCCCUUUUCCAUAGUCCACACUGAACUUCAUGUGGUAUUUAAAAACAUUUUUCAAGAUCCCUCCAAAAUUGAGGACCCCCACAACUCCAAACUCCUCCCGACCCAACGCCAGACUUGAAAAGUCAAAACAUCCCUGCAUAGGGGGGUCUAUCCAGUCCCCCAUCUCCAAACCAAACAAGACUCUAUCUCUCCAAAUCUGGCUUUUUCCAGGUUCAUUUGUCAGGUCCAACCACUCAUGUUCCUGCUGGGCCACGGUUCCCUCCAUCUUUGCCUCUCGGGGUCCAGCCACAACCUCCUCCUUCAUCUGAUCUGUCAGAGCACAUUCCUGAUUUGAUUCCUGAGUGGGUUCUAUAUAGAUACCCACUACCUGUCCAAAAUUUCUGAUCGCAACAGUCAUCAAAUCCGUCUUCUCAUGUAACUGUUCCAAUAAAGCACUUGUUUUACAGAAAGCACGCACCAGAGCCUCUGAGCACAUUGUUAUACAAGGUCAGAAGUCUAUUCCCACGAUCUUAAUCUGUUGCAGCUGCUCCCCAGUUCAAGUUUAGUAACAGUUUCACAAGCUCCCUCUAGGGGAAGAACUUCUAUUUGUAUCCAACUCUUUUUUUUUUUUAACAGCAGAUCUAACAACAAAGUUUCCUUUUUCAGAUAUUUUGUCAAUAUUUGUUCCUUUAAAUUGCGAAAGAGCACAAUGGGAUCACUAUGUUUCUCUUCUUUUAACUAUCUGUCAAAAACAUUUGUCUAUAGUCAAUGAACUUUCCCAAAAAUGUCUGUCCUGACACCCCGCUCCCAGGUUCAAGACGGUGGAAAAUUACUUUUCUUACACUCUCUUCUGCAGGUUUAAGCAAUCCGGAAAAAAUCCCCCCUCUUCUCCUGCUUCCGAAGGGGGUUCAGUAAUUUUAGAUGAUGAAAGUUGAUCCUUUACAAACGAUUUUCUACACUCUAGUUUGCCAUGUCUUUGCUUUAAUCUAUCUACAAGAAACGGAAGGCUGACUUCCUGUUUAGACCUUCCCGCUUCAGUGCCAAAUUAAGAGGAAUUUCUUAAUCCAAUUUUCCGUUCUACUCACAGAUCGUUGUUUAAAGUCCAAUUGUCCAAAUUUGAUCUGCUCACGGGUAGUUGUUUUGUAGCCAAAUUGUCCCAGGAAAAAGGUAGCGCUCUCCGGCAACGGCUGUGCGGCUUCGCUCCACGGAAGAAGCAGUUGACUCUCAGCACCGCGCCACUAGCCCCUCUUCGCUCCGGAGCCCGUAAUUGGGUUCCUUUACGAAUUGGGGGGGCGCAAAAGGUGCCUGCUGAGUCCCAUGGUCACAGGCUUCAUCCGCCUGUGAUUUUUAGAGGGUCCCCGCUUCGCCGUAGCGGAACAGACCCGUUUCCCGUGGAGCCAGUCCCUCCGGAUCAGAGGGAAUCCGCCAUUACCGAUGGCGCCACCCCGGAAGUCCAGAAGGUUGGCAGCUUGAAUCCCCACAAUGGGGUGAGCUCCCGUUACUUGUUCCCUGCUCCUGCCAACCUAGCAGUUCGAAAGCAUGUCAAAGUGCAAGUAGAUAAAUAGGUACCGCUCCGGCGGGAAGGUAAACAGCGUUUCCGUGCACUGCUCUGGUUUGCCAGAAGCGGCUUAGUCAUGCUGGCCACAUGACCCGGAAGCUGUACACCAGCUCCCUCGGCCAAUAAAGCAAGAUGAGUGCUACAACCCCAGAGUCGGCCACGACUGGACCUAAUGUUCAUGGGUCCCUUUACCUUUACCUAUGAGAUAUAUAUAUAUAUGAGAACAGAUGAUUAAAAGCAAUUUGAAGUAUGCAGGAAAGGAUGAAAAUAAAUGUAAGGAAUCGCAGAAAGAGGGGAAAGGGAGUCGAAACUUGAAAAGAUUAAUACUAUGGUUAAAUAAUUGUUAUAAUGUAUAUAAAUGAAAAUUAUAAAUUAAAAAAUAAAAUAAAAUAUUAAUAACCUCAACCAUGGCUUACAUAAAUCCUAACAUAAACAACAGAUUUAGACAGUUUCAUUUUUUCCCUUUCCCUUGGCUCUGUCUAGUCUGUUCUGCUUUUGGUGUUGUCAAAAUACAAUGGGAAAAGAAUUCCAAAUUCAUUUUCUGUUAAUUAUAAUUUAAUCAUGAAUAUUGCAACAAGCUGAUGUUUUCUGAACUAAAAUUGUACAAUAGAUUACUCACUACUUUAGCCUUGAUCACGCCAAAGUGAACUUUCAGAUUCCACUGAUUUCAAUUGGGAUGCUUCAGCACAUGUUUAGAUAUUUUCCCACUGAACCACUGGUAUGGUGAAGUGUACACCUUUAGACUGCAGCAUGCCCUAGAUGGACAACCUGUGGCCCUCCUAAUGUUGUUUGACUAUAGCACCCAUCACCCCUGACUAUUAGCCAUACUGGGUGGGGUUGAUGGUAAUUCCUUUUGCAUGCUUAUUAGGAUGGUUCUUAUGAUAGAUUGGAAAGAAACUGGCAUUCAUUUCCCAUAGGCAGCAAUGGCCAACCCUACUGCUUACCUGCUACUUACCGGGGUUGGCCAUUGCUGCCUAUGGAAAAUAGGCAGUGACUAAAUUGCACUAGAUUAUGUCAUAUGCUGUACUUAGAAUCUCUUGUUCCAUAUCCCCGUAUUUACUUACUUGUCAUGCCUGCUAACCAGGUGAUAUUUUAAAUGCACAGGCUGCAUUUAAUUGGUGGGAAGGGGAUGAGGGGUUGGGGUAUGCUGCUGUAGGUGGAGAAAGGAAGGAGAAAAGAUGUUAGAGGAGAGCCAAACAUUUGCAACCGCCAGCAGAUGGACAUCAGCACUGAGCCAGACACAUUUGGCCUGUGGCCUGACCAUCCUUUUCAUACCAAUGCGAAUUUAUUCAUAUCAACACUCACAGGAAGUGUGCUUUAAACUUUGCUGCCGAUAUCCAGUUAUGCCUUCAACAAUUUCUGACACUUCACCUCAUCCCUACGAAGUUUUAUAAGCAUUGAUCCAAGCAGUGGCAAGAGAAUAAUCUGAAACUGUAACAAAUACAUCAGUUGGUUAUAUCCAGUUACGUAUGUCUGCUCUUGGAAGGCUCUUCCCUUUAGUGGAGGCUUCCGUAAAUGAGAGGUGGGAGGAAGAGAGUUUUUGCAAAUCACACCUUUCUUUUAUAACCUCCCCCACCCCGGUCACCUCCUGCAGUGCUCCAGAGGGCCUUCCAACAUUCUGGAGCAGAUUUCUGGUGGGCACAGUGGGCUGCAAAAGGGAAGGCAAAUCAUCAAAUUCUGUUCCCCCCUCAGUUCAUGGAAACUUCUGCUAGGUUUAAGAGCCUUCCAAGAGCUGAGAACCACAACAGGCUAAAACCUGUAUUUUUUUGUUUCCAAAUACGAUGGCAUUAAAUGCCUCCUUUAUGAAAUAUGUCACACAGUUUGAAAAAAGGUUGUAGUUUAAAAUUCUCAGUUGUGUAAGUUAUGUGAAUGCACUGACUUAGGAAUUUUCAGGGUGAUUGUAUUUGACAUGCAAUUUGUACAUCACUAUUUGUAAAUGUCUUUCUCUUUACACACACACACACACACACACACACACACACACUUGUUCUCGUCCUUUUAUUAUUCAGUUCAUUUUAUUGGGGCUGCAAAUUGAGCUUGUCCUAUUUUUCAUCGCUGGAAAGGCCUUAAAGCUUAUGGGGAUCUGUUUUCAAAAGCUCCAGGAUAUCUUUAUAAUAUGGGGAUGGACUGUAUCUCAGUGCAAGAGGGCAUGUUUUGCAUGUAGAAGGUGCCAGUUACAGACUCCAGUUUAAAAGAAUAAUGUAGCAGGUGCCAGGAAAUAGCUGCAUUGAAGGGGUUUGGACUAGAUGACCCCUGGGAGCCUUUCCAACUGUGCAAUUCUAUGAGCUACUCUUCUGCAAGAGGAAAUAACAUAGCUUGGUCCUUUAUAGUUUAGAAAAAAGAUGAGUAAUAGAGACUACAUUAAGAGGUAUUUAUGGUGUAGAGAAAAUGGGCCCUCCCACAAUAUCAAAACAUGGGGUCUUCCAAUGAAGCUGAGUAGUCAAAUACACACAGUUAAAUUAUGGAAUUUGUUACCACAAGCAUUGUGGUGGUCACCAACUUUGAUGGUUUUGAAAGGGAAUUAGACAAAUUCAUGGAGAAUCGGGCUGUCACUUGCUACCAGUCAUGAUGCCUAUAUACCUUGAGGUUUGAAGUCAGUGAGGAACCAGAACAGGAGACGACUAUUGCCUGGCAGGCUAGAUAGAUCUUUGGUCUGUUUUUGUAAGGCGUUGUACCAGUGAGGGUGUGUUUAGUGAUGGAAGAGAGACCUAUGGGGGAAUAAUUCCUAGUUUUGCUCUGUGGCAUCUUUGCAAGAUGGCUUUGCUUAUUUCUGCUAUGCAACAUGGCGUGCCCUGCUGCUAUUAUGGUUCAUGCCGCAGAUGAUGCAUGGUUAUGCUUACAGCAAUGUUGACUCCGUAGUAUUGUUGCCACUUUGCUGACAAAGGGUCAUCUGUCAAAUGGCACGGGUUGCAAUAGCAGCCAUCCUAUGAAAUGCACUCUCAGAACUCUCACGUGUGCAAAGGCUUCUCCAUUCAUUUUAGUCGAUUUAUUCAUUGAAAUGAAUGGAGAAGUCUUAGUAUGUACUCCUAUCAAGGUGCUUUGGAAGAGGACCAUAAGGAAUAAUUUGCUUUAAAAGUGUUAGUAAAGUUUAAUUUUAUGGCUAGGAUUCCCCCCUCUCUUGAAGACUGCCAAUGAAAAUCUAACUUCAUAACAUGAACAACGUUGAGGCUCAAAGAGAUGUCUUAGGAAUUGUCCUACUGUGAAAACUUUAAGGGGGGGGGGAAAUUCAUUUGGUUUCUGUUGCUUGAAAAUGUAUAUCAAGUAUUACCCUGUUGUUGAAACAAACAUUCUGUGUAUGUAGAGAAAGUUUGCCACUAGGCUGGUAAAGUGUUAGCAUCUCAGGAUAAAAUAGGAAUAUCAAAGAUUCAGCUUCAUUUUCUAAAAUUAACCAAAAUAACUUUCAGCAAUAACUCUUGGGAUGAGAAACAGGAAAGAUUGAAAUGCAAAUGUAGUGAGAGAGCCUUGACCAUGAAACGAAGAGCAUUCCUGCACAGAGCAGCAGCUCUGGAUAUGAGUUUUAAUUUCCUGAAUUCCACCUACUAUAUACAAACGCUAGCAGACUUCCAGGCAGUAGCAUCUGGAUCCCAGGAACAAGUUUCCACAUUGUCCCCUUGGCCUACCCUUCACAUGUAAAUUUUCCUGGUUCGCCAUUUGAAAAUGAUCUCAAUAAGCUGAAAACAAUAACAAUAAAAUGACAUCUGCAAAGGGCAGAGUCAAACUGCAACAUUUGCAGGGAGUGUGACAACGCCAAAACUGGCCCAUGAUGAAAAAUAGAGAUGAUAAUGUAUGACAGUGAACACUGCAAUGCAAUUUUCUUCCCGUUGUUUUUUGCUAAUAUAUGACACAGUUUGCCAUGUAAGAGGGUGUGUAAACUGGGGGGUGGGGUGGGGUGUGAGUACCAAGGGGCCUGAAGGAAGAGCUACAUUUUGCCCCCAGGGCUGUGGUUGCUCACCCUGUUCUUUUGUGAUGUGAGUAACAAUGUGUUAUUUCUAAGAAACUGAAAAUACUAACUUGAUGCUGCUGAGCUGAAGGAAAUGAAAUAAGUGAAAGUUAUAAAACACUGGACUCUUCCUCUUUUGCAUACUCUCUCACAUCCUCAGAUCCCAGCUGCUCAUGUGCCCAUGUUCUUGAACUUCAACUUCCAUCAGUUGCAGGCAGCACGAUGUGCUGACUAGGUCCUAUGGCAGUUUGCAGCCCAAAACAUCUGGGCAGCACUAGGUUGGAAAAGCCUGGGUCAGGCUAAAAUGCUAUUUAACAGACUACUUCUAUGAGAGCCUAAGAAUGGUGGCAAACAUUGUGCUGCACAGAGGGUGAAGGGGAAGAAUGGGAAACACUAAGGGCUUAUCCAUACAUACCUUUUGCCCCACUCUUUCCAGGCACAGGUUGGCACCUUAAAGCUCUGUGUCCCACUGCGCCCCCCCCCCCCCCCCUAUUUUGCUCCAGAGCUUUCCCUGUGAAAACCUGCUCAAUCAGAGUGAAUGUUGGUUUGGUAUUUCCACGGACUAACAUUUGCUCCUAUUGAGCAUUAAAGAGUAGAUUUUCAAGGGGGAAGCUCCAGAGGGGAAAAGGGUGCUCAGACCCCGAGCUUUAAAGCACAGGCUGUACCAGUGGAUGAAAGGUAAGUGUGGAUAAUAAGCCCACAGAGAGCUGAGGUAAAAACCUGCAACCUUUUUGAUUGCAGCGUGCUUGAGGAUGGUGUAAUGCAAGCAGGGACAAUCUGAUGCUAAUGACAACUCCUUCUGCAAAUAACGUGGAAAUUACUGGGGGAGGGGAUGGAGUGACUUAGAACAAACAUACCAUGUGAGCCAUUCCUGCUGCCUGCCACCACCAAGGAGGGGGGUUCAUCCGUCUGCCAGUUCCUGGAAGCCCCUUACUUCCCAAACUAUGGUCUGUGUCUAAUGCUUAAGUGCCAGUUGUAACGGUUAAGAAACAAAAGCACAAACUGCCAUGAACCAAAAUAUAUGCACAACAAGUUCAUAUGAGAAAGGGGAACUAAUAACCCUGGAUAAUUGACAUAUGAUAGCAGAGUGGGAGAGGAGGUAAGACAAGAAUCCUCGAGUUUAUUCCUCAGGUGGAGACCAAAGCAAAGGAGCCUCCACUUUGGUGUAUGUAUCCUGGUCCCCCAGCCAACUAGCUCUGCAUGAGCAAGUCAGCCAAAUGCUGAGGCCUCCAUAGCAGGUGGCAUGGCUGGCAAUUGUACCCUAAGAUGAACAGCCACUGGCCAUGCAGCCAACAAUCACACCCGUUCCCUUCUCUCCCCCAUGCUGGGCACAAAGGGAUGCUCACUGCCAGAGGGGUGUGGAUCUGGGCUUCUUGGAAAACAUUCGUAACAUGGAACAUCUGAAAAAUAUGUUCCAUGUAAAAUUGAUCUUCACACUUAAUUUAUUUUGACAUUUUCGUUUGAUUUGACAGAAAAAUUGUGGAGAGAUACGCAGAGGCUUUCAUCAUCCAACAUUGGUUUUAAUUAUGUUUCUUUUUUCCCCCCUUAUGAACUUUAAAAGGGUUUGUUUAUCUCACAGCAAUCUCAUCACAUUUAAUCAUCUUUUAUAUGCAAUGUUUUUAUAAGUUGGUGUUAUGUAAAAAAAUGCAGCAUUUGCUUGAAUGAGGGAAGAGCACAGAUUUGUUUUGUAUCUUUGGCAAUGCUUAGACUCCCCCUCUCCCCGCUCACAAAUGGCUCGAUUCUGCUACCCACAUCUAUGUGUAGCAUCCUCCUCCUCCACAAAUGAUAACUAAGCCUAGGAAAGCUAUGACAAGUGGAGGAUAGUGAAGAAUGCCUAAAACUGAAUUAUAAAGCUGGAAUUUUUUAUAACGUUUUCCGCUCAUAAGUUAGGGUUGGGAAAAUCCAUCACUUGAACAAGAGUAAUAAUUCAUCACAUGGCUGAUUGAGGAACAGUGCGAUACCAUUAAAAGCAUGGUUAUCACGAGGAAUUCCUGCUGAGUUCAAUGCAAAGCUGCCAGAUAGGUGUGCAUAGGCCUGCACCAUAACAGCAUGAACUUGAGCCACUUGAGUCAUUUAAAACAAGAACCAGCAUGACUGUUUGUAAAAUCCACCAUAGUCAAUGCUGAACCAUCAAGUUUUAGUUAGACUACAACUCCCAUUAGUUUGGCCAGAACAGCCAUUGCUGAGGAAUUAUGGGAGUUGUGCUCAAAAACAUAUUGAGAUUCCUGCAUUGCAGGGGUUUGGAUUAGAUGACCCCAAGGGUGCCUUCUAACCUGACAGUUUAUGAUUCUAUGAAUAUCUGGAGGAUGCCUCACUGGCCACUGAAUAAUGGAAGGGGUUAUGUUUUGAUUUGUGCAUUAAUCUUGGUGGUGUUUGUUAGGUCAGUUAAUUUCAUUUGGUCUGCAUUUCUACUUAUCUUCAUCCCUAUAUGACACAAUAUGAAUGGCCAUUCUCUGUGGCAGGCACUUACAGAAUAGAUAGGGCUGGCUACAAGUAAAUGUAUACAGUGGUACCUCGGGUUAAAUACUUAAUUCGUUCUGGAGGUGCGUUCUUAACCUGAAGCACCACUUUAGCUAAUGGGGCCUCCUGCUGCCGCCGUGCCGCCAGAGCACGAUUUCUGUUCUCAUCCUGAAGCAAAGUUCUUAACCUGAAGCACUAUUUCUGGGUUAGCGGAGUCUGUAACCUGAAGCGUAUGUAACCUGAGGUACCACUGUAAUAAUAUAAAAUGUAUCUCCAUUGCCAUAUGUUAAAUGCAUGUUUGUUUCUGUGGUCUGUACUUGAAGUUAUCUUACUCUCUUUCUUUCUGUUUUUCCCCCCUUAUACCAGAGUAAGCUAGCUGUAUACAGCAAGAUGCAGGAAUCUCUGGAAGCGACCCUUCCUAAUAAACAAGAGGAAGAUGAGAAAGACCAGCCUACUGAUAUGGAGUACCUUAACUCUCGCUGCGUCCUUUUCACUUACUUUCAGGGUGAUAUUGGGUCAGUAGUGGAUGAACACUUCUCAAGAGCUUUAAACCAAGCUAGUCGCUUCAGUCCAGAGACUGCCAUUUCAAAAAGCAAGACAGGGCUAUGGAGAGGUAAGGUUUAUAAGCAAAACUUGGUUACAUCUCAUUUACUGUACUUUAUUCCUUUGGUUUUGUGAGCUCACAAGUUGGGUUUUAUAUACGCCUUCAGGUAUACAUUCUUUUUAAAGAUUAGGUUGCCAUUCAACACCUGGACGGCAGGACACAGAUACACAAAAAUCUGACCUGCAAAACCAGUGUUACCCAUGCAGUCUGAUUAGCCACAUGCAAAAUUUGGAAAUUCCUGGGGAAAAUUUGGAGAGGAAUUCAACAUCACACUAUUAUGAUUGUUCCACUAGUGUAAGCGUUUUUCCUUACACUAGUGGAACAAUCUCCCCUCUCCUCCUGCAUGCUGUUAUUGCGAUUCUCCUAACCCAGGGGUGCCCAAACUUUUUUCAAAGAGGGCCGGAUUUGAUGAAGUGAACAUGCGUGAGGGCUGACCAAAGUUAUUGAGCUUUUUUAAAGAAUUGAACUUGUUGAGCUUUUUUAAGGAUUUGAUCCCAAUAAAUGAACUGCCACAGGGGCCUGAUAAAACUGGCCAGGGGGCCAAAUUAACAGACUUUGGACAUGCCUGUCCUAACCCUUCUAGAGCCAAUGGGGGGGGGAGAACCCCUUUGCACUCUCCUCCUGAAUGCUAUUCUGACGUCUUGCAUUGGCUCCCACUAGUGGAACUGUCUGGUUGAAACCAGCUCCUACCUUUUACCAUGAAAAGUGAUAUGAUGCAGGAAAUCUGUAACUAGAAUUUUAUUCUGUUCUUUUUCUUAACUAGCAGCCUCGUGCAGUGGCUUUGAUAACUAGAGAAAUAGUACUUGGAGAGAGUGCAAAACCUGCUUCUCCGAUGCUAUUUUACCUUUCUGAAUUGCCCCUCCCAACUGUAACUAGAGCAAUGGGGAAACCAUGCAGGUACCAGACAUGUUAACUGACUCCCUUUGUCCAGCUCCACUUUUCAAAUUGUCAGAGCAGAAAUAUGGGGCUCCCAACUGGUAAUAAUAAAACCUACAGGGAGAUCCUAUGCUUGUGGAUUUUAUGUGUUGCGUUGAGUGAGACUCUCACGUUACAGAAUUAGUCUCAGAGAAUGGGAGGUUGCUAUGUGAAAAAUUCUUUAAGAUUCACACCUUUAAAAUGUCACUUUCUUGCAAGAUAUUAUAGUGUGACAAUGCAGGAAUUGCUAUCUUAUCAUCAUGCUAUAUAGUUUGGUGGGUGGAUAAGCAUCAUGACUUUAGUAUUACAGAAUUAAUGAAAACUGGAAAAUGAAAUGGGCGUGAUAGUUGGGAUGGAUUUGGUUUUCUCCAAGCAACUGAAUACUACCAAAAUGGGUAUAAACAGUAUCAAUAUUAUCAAGUCAGUUAAGAACUUUAUUGAAAUCUCAAAACCGAAAUCAAAGGACAUAUGAACACUUAAUGCCUGAAAUGAUUGUGUCCUGCAUUUACAGCUGAACUAUUACAUUGUCGAAUAGCUUUGAGAAGGAAUUGAGCUCUUCUGGCUAUCUUUAGCACAAGUGUGGGCAGACUGCAGGCAUAUUGAAUCCACUUAGGGGUUUGUUUGUUUUUUGUUUACUAAAACCCCAUGAUCCAUCCUUAAGUUCUUUAUGCUUAGAAUGGAAGAAUUCUGACCUUAGUGACAGAUAAUAUGAGAAUAGGCAAUAGCGGAUGGCAUGAUGGGGCUACACUGCAUACCUGGCCUCGCCCCACCCAGCCAAGACACUGCUGCAUCUGGGGCUGGAGAGCAGGAGUGAGGUUGGCAGGGUACAGAUGUGCCAGAGGAGCUAAUCUGCUGUUCCUGCUGGUGUGUUUGCGCUGUGCCAAUCUCUCUGCUGCCUCACCCCUUCUCAUCUCAGUACACAGCACAGAAUUGUUGAGUUGAAAGGGGACACCAAGGGUCAUCUAGUCCAGCCCCAUGCAAUGCAGGAAUCGCAAAUAAAGAGUUCCUGAAAGAUGGUCAUCCAGACUCUGUGUAAAAACCUCAGUUUUUCCGCCAUCUUUCGUAGCCGCUGUCCAGAAGAGAUGUCAGAUAAGCAAUGCAGCCUGGCCAUGUUUUCUGCUACUGAGUAAAGGAACUGAACAGAACUCACCAUCCUUCCAUACAAAACUCUGCUCCUAGCUACCCCAUAUUUUUCAUAUUGGCAGUACAAUGAGUGUGCCAUUUUGUUGCUGCUACUGCUUAACAAUUCUGAUUUACUGCAGUUACAUAGAGAUCUACUGAUAGAUGCAGCUUUACCUACUGCCACCUCUGCUUUAGCAUCUUAACUAGCCAUCCUAAUGUAAUUCUCAGGUGACUCUCACCAGAGAGGAGAUGAUUUCUGAGAAAUUUUUUAAAAAAUAUACAUGUAAAAAUGCCAAGAGAUCACCUCACCAGAUAAGGAGUGUCAAAACUGUUUUUUCUGAGGUUUUUUGUUCAAAAACAACAACCAAAAGAGAUUAAGAAGUUGUCUCCAAGAAUUUGGUUGUGCAAGAGGUGAAAUGUUUAUGAAUUGGGUGUGGAAGCAUGAUGACAUUUCACAAAUAUUCAAGAAUGUUAUUUUAAAGCUCUACAGACCUAACAUUCUCCAUGCACAUUUAGCACAGAACAGAGGAGUGCACUUUUAUCUCUUGGACACUGAACACCAUUUCCCAUUGGUUAUAUGCGAAGGCAAACUUAAGGUCUCCAGAGUUCCUGAAGGAGGGGAGAAAUGGAUUUGACUGUGUUGCUUCCCUUUCUGCGGUUCUCCUUCCAAAGCCUUCAUUUUCUGCUGAGCCAUCCUCAUCAGAAAGUACACUGGGCUAGAGAAGGUUUUUUUCAGGGCAUCUUGGAGUUCUAUUGAACUCAGGUGUGAUAGGUUCUGAGUAGAAUGCUUAAGUUGGUCCCUGCACAGCUCUCUACUGGGAUACAUACAGUAAGGGCUUCAGUGGGGCACAUGUAUAUUUUUUUGAUGUACAGUUGAUUAACUUUUAUUAAAAUUGAAGUCUUAUAAUAAAAAAUAAAAAAUAAAAGGUCAAUUAAGAAAUCCAUUGAAAAUUGUAAUUUAUUAGAUAUGAAAGCUCUUUAGCUUAAUAAAACAAACAAACCUUUGCAACUGCCAGAUAGAUAGACAGAUAGAUAGAUAGAUAUACACCCCACUGAAAUGUUCUUAUUUUUGUGAUAUUUCUGUGACUUUAUUUCCUCACCAUCAGCAAUAGGCAUAUUCUUCCAUGGCAACAUCUCUAGCUUCCCUUAUUUCCCCCAAAGCAUUUUCCUUUCUACUUCAAAUCAAGGUUUGGGCAAGAAUACUAGUAGUAUCUCUGCCAGCACUAUCAUUACAUAGUAGAAUCAUUUACCACUCCUUAGAAAGAUGGGAUUUAAAGUAUGUGAUUUCAUAAUAUAAUGGCAUUGGACUUGAGCUGUGCUUGAAUUGCAAUCUGCUUAGGUCUAAAAUCAGCUGUUUUGUUAUAUUUCCAAACACAUUUAAAAUUUUGCUGAUUAGACACUAAAGUGGCCAGUUACUUACGCCCUUUUUGGUGAUCCCUGGGGUCUAAAAAGAAUUUUAAUAAAAUAGAAAAAAACCAUACACAAUAAAUCCACAAUAAACUUAAGAGACGAACAACACAGAAACCCAAAUACAAAAGCAGCGCAAUGAAACCAAAACAACAAACUGCUGUAUAGCAAAAAAACUUAAAUAGCCCUUAAAUGCAUAUAUUAAGACUGCCACUGUGAAUUAAAUAUAUAUCUUAAAAAGGCCUGGAAGAACAUAAAAGUUUUAACCAUGUGAGCUUCCCUAGGGAGAGGAUUCCAUAGUCAGGGGGCCACCACCAAAAAGGCUUUCUUUUUCAUAGUUGUCCUCCAAGCUUCAGAUUGAGAAGGCACAUGAAGAAGGGUUUCUGGCAGGGUCCAGUUACUUGUGCUUUCAUCAACAUUUUAAAAUAGUUGUCUAUGGAACUUACGUUCGUUUCUGUAUUCAUGUUAGCAAAGCUGUUUAUUAUUCAAGAUCCAUGGAAGAAUUUAUCAUCAUUUUGAUGUUUCUUUUAAAAGAGAAUGCAACAAUUGCAAGCCAGAGGAGUGGUUUCCCAGCUUCGUUUUGGACCAGUUCUUAUCAAACUCCACCUCCACCAUGCUUAAGUGGAGUUCAUCAUGACUUUCCUGUUACUGCACCAGGCACCUUCUCAGCAGCAGAUCCCAGCAGCUGGCCAGGACAUACUCUGCAUCAGACUGCUCCACCUCCUCCGCCGAGUAUGCCAGAAUCUUGGCAUUAUCCAUUAGCAUCUCAGGUGAGCCCUUCAUAUGGACACAUGCAUGAUGUAUACAUGCACCGCCACCAUCCUCAUGCACACAUGCAUCAUCAUCACCACCCGACUUCGCACCUUGACCCACGGUACAGAUCUUUGCUGAUGCCUUCAGUUUGCGCAGGCAAGAUUCCGCCACCACAGUGUGAUGCAACAAAGACAGAUCCUACUGCUGUCACCAGUGCUACCUCAGCAUGGGCAGGAGCCUUUCAUGGAACAGUUGACAUUGUGCCAACUUUUGGGUUUGACACAGGUAAGCUUCAGCUUUCUCUUUUACGUGGUUCAUAUUUUAGGAAACAUAUGUCGUAACCAAGCAAAUUCUCAAGACCUCCACUAAUUCAGGGAGGGGGGGGGACUGUGGCACUGCAGAUGUUGCUGGGUCUCCUUCUCCCAUCUCCCAUCAACCACCAUGGUGAGUUAUAGUCCAAGACCAACUGAGGGGGUCACAAGCUCCCCACCCUGAUUCUUUCACCUGAUCUGUUAGAUAUGAAUCCCUGAUGUAGUUAGAAAGGGUUGAAGUUGCAAGAAUGCUAAGAUUUGCAAUGAUGAUCUUGAAGAAUUAGUUCUUUACUCCCACUGAAAUCAUAAAGCAGACAAAACAUAUAACACACUUAAUAUAGGCAAACAAUCCCAAGAUUCAGAGCGCUAUUGUUUGUAGCAAAAAUUUAACCACAAACAUCCUGUUAUUAUAUAAAAUCAGUAGGAACCAGAUACUGGCUUUCUUGUUUUGCAGUUCUACAUACCCUUCCUUGUUUCUUUUUUCAAAUUAAACAAACUUAGGAUUCUUCUUUCUGUAAGCCUGCAAUGAAUCUAGUUUCUUACUCAAUCCUGUUCGAGAAUGAGAUGUUCUGAAUUCACUCAAUGUGGACCCAAGAGAUCAUAAAGUGUUUUCCAACCCAAAGGUUAUGUAUAAAACCUCCCCAAAACAACCCAGCAUAAAAGAAAGCUGUCAUUCUACAGGGCAGUCUUCCAAAUAAAUUUAUUCCAAGCACAAAACACUUUUUCUCAAAUUAUUUUUAUAGAUGCGGCUCUGCCGCACCUAUACAAUCUUAUUUCAGCACUUUGAGAUGCUCUCUGAAUUGGAAGACAAAAGUUUUUUCCUGUGAGCUCCAUACUUUGUACCAUUGGAAUGACAUCUGGUCUCAUCCAUUACCCUGCUGCAGACAUCCCAGCAGGUCUAGCUAGCAUUUGAACCACAAAGAAUUGCAUAUUAAGUAUACAUAUCACAUUACCUUGUGGUAAUUCAAUAUUCAUUCUCUCUCUUAUGCAUUAUGUUUCAUGGCCCCUUGAAAACAGAUUAAAGUGGCCACUUGUGUAUUGCUAAAAAAAGAAGCUAUGCAUCACCAAAAAAGAGGAUACAGAUUUGCAUUUACUGGAUUUGGGUAAAAAAGGGUAAAGGACCCCUGGACAGUUAAGUCCAGUCAAAGGUGACAAAUGGGGCUCAUCUUGCUUCAGGCCAAGGGAGCCAGCAUUUGUUCACAGACAGCUUUCUGGGUCAUGUGGCCAGCAUGACUAAACCACUUCUGGCACAGUGGAACACCAUGACGGAAACCAGAGCGCAUGGAAUUACUGUUUACCUUCCCACUGUAGCAGUACCUAUUUAUCUACAUUCACUGGUAUGCUUUUGAACUGCUAGGUUGGCAGAAGUUGGAACAGAGCAAUCGGCGCUCAUCCCGUUGUGCGGAUUUGAACUGCUGACCUUCUGAUCAGCAAGCCCAAGAGGCUUAGUGGUUUAGACCACAGCGCCACCACAUUUACCUUUACCUAUACUGGUUUUAUGUAUAAAUACAAAUAAUAGAAAUAUAAUACAUCUGGGAAGGACAGUGGCCAGGUGAUCAUUUUGCCUGCUCAGUCUCCUGCUUGGAUGCUAACUGUUGAAGAGAAAUAAGUUACCAGUCUAUUGGUUCUUUACCUUUAAAUGUGACAUGAGUAGACAGACAGCCCUUCAAAUAGAGCAGGAAUGGGGAACCUUUGGCCCUCCUGGUGUUGCUGAACUACAACUCCCAUCAGCCCCAGUUGUAGUUCAGCAACCUCUGGGGGGCCAGAGAUUCCUCACACAUUAAAUAGAGGACUCCUUCAUGAGGACUGUCCUCUGACAGCCCUUCAAACAGAGCCAUCCUCUAUAAAGCAUGAUACACAGCCAUACUAAAAUGGAUUUAGAGUCACACUGGAGCCGUGUCUUGAAUGUGUACCAACUUUCAUUCAGAUAUCUUUGUCUUCAAGGCAGAUGUCAUUACCACAAAAAACCUGAAGAUCCCAAGCAGUCCGGUUAAAUCAAAGGCCUUACUUGGCGUAGGCAGUAAUCUCUAAAUCACUCCUAACUGAUAGAAGGGGUAAAGGCCCAUCCUGUUGUUUGUCUCCCAGCAGCUGGUAUUCAGCAUCAUACUGCCUUUGAGUUGAGACAUUUCAUUUACUUAGUUAUCACCAAGUUAUGAUAUGUGGCAGGUGAGUUUGCAGCUGGUUUUGACUUGCAAAGCUUUCUGCAUCUCAGGAGCCCAAUAUGCUCAAGGAUCACCUCUCCUCACACAAACCACCUCAGAUCCUGUGAUCAUCAUCUCCAUGUGCCCCCUCCAUGGGAGGUCCAGAGGGUGGCAUCCAAAGAACCUUGCACAUCUCCCAAAGUGUUUGAGGACUUGUGCCUGUCUUUUUACACAUCUAGUGGAGAACACUAGUAUAACUCAACUGUAUCAAAGGGCAAAGCAGUCAUUGCUGACCUGAAAAGUGAAUUGGGAAAAAAGGGGCACAUGUCCCAUGAAAUGACUCUAUGGAACUGGCCCAUACAACUGCAUAGCUCAUUCAACUACAGUGAGCCCUGCCAGCCAUGGAUCUGAAAAAAGUUGCUUAUUCUACUUCUCCCAGAUCUGGUGUGGAGAAGUGGCAGAACCUCAAGCUAAACUUACUGGGUUAGUACCUAGUUCAAGUGAUGCUUAAGCCAAGGGCAGAUUGGGCAAAAGAUUGAGGCUCACAUAUAAUGUGUAAUUCUUGUUUGCCUUUGCCUGUUAAUAUAGAGUAGCAGACUACAGACUUUAGCAAGCAAUGCUACAUCUUAAAUUGAUUUUCCUGUACUUAAAAAUAAAACUGUUGUUCCAAUUCUCAGACUGCAGUUUUUGCCAUCAAGGAUAGGAAACCCACCCGGUUUUUUCCAUACAAGUCUGACAUUACUGUUUGCAGGUUUAAUAUAAGAGUUUAUAUGGGAAAUAGUACAGUAGAUGGCUCUCACAAGUAUACAUCAUAUAUAUAUAAAAGUUGUACCGUUCACAUAGGAUUAGAUGAUAGUCUGUUUCUUUUAGAAGGUUCUUUGGAUUUGGGUUUCAGAGAGCAGAGCACUGCAAAUGCCCUGUCUCACAUUCUUGUACUAACUGCUACAACCUAGCAAGCUUCAUUCUCACAUUCUCCUUUAUUGGGGAGAGAGUAAAACAGCGCUGCUUUUGCUGCCUCGGGAAAUUAAGAAAAAACAGCACAACCGAAUCCUUAAAAGAUCUGGGCAAUUUUAUGGCCAUUAAUUAUGUUUGCAGCUGUACAGAUGACACAAGAGUAAUUAAAUUUCAUGCUCCAGGUUGUAAAGUGAUCGUCUGCUAUGACUAGGAGCAAUUGUUAGCCCCUUCAUGGGGUCUGCCUUUUGGCAAGGUGUAUUUAUGAGCAAAUUUCAGCUGUCUAUGACUCUUGUCAUAGAAGGCAGCAUAAAGGUGCAUCUGAUAGCAAUUCCAGUAUUCCUUGCUGUCUAGACAAUUGGAUUGUCUAUCCAAGGCUGAAUAAGGAAUCUUAUUUUAAGAUUUUUUUUAAAAAAGGAAAGGCUCAAAAACCCUGAAAGGGGCUGCAAUUUGUUCAUGGGUAAGUGAAAGUAGGAAGGAAAUGAAUUAAUAUUUUGAGAUGGGGGGUGAGUGAGGGAUGGCUCUGAUUUAAGUAUUGUUAUAAGAAUAGAAUGCUAAUGGCCCGGUCCAGCUUUUCUGUUUCAGAGCUUGGGUACAGGGGUCAAAACUGAGGAUGCAUCGUCAGUGAUGGAUCCAGUCCUUAAAUGCAUGUGUAACAUUUAAUUAUUCAUGCAGUACUGACUUCAGGUUUACCUGAACACAAACAUAAAUGGUAAUGACCAAAUUAUAGCAUGCCAUAUUUUAAUCAAUUAGCUUGCAUUUAUUUGAACUCAGGGUAGGCUUUUCCAACAUAUUUAAAACAGUGACAAGUUCCUGUGAGUUUACUUACUGGAAAGAUGGUGGAAGAAGAGGAACUUGUGGCUCUUUAGACAUUGAACUAAAAGUUCUACCACCCCCUGCCCAUUGGACUGGGGCUGGUGGUAGCUAUACAAUGUUUAAGUGCUCCUUACUUAAUCCCAACAGAGCUUGCAUGUGGAUGUUGUAUGCAAUUGUGAUGACUCAUAGAGAGCUUUGAAAUGUUAUGUCCACUCAUGGAACACUGCCUGGGGGAAGGGAUUUCCACAGUCUACACAAAAGAUCUGUAACCAUUGAAUAAACACUGGGGCUCAGGGAGAAUUCACACACACAUUUCUGACUGAAGCAGCUGCUCCAGACUCAUCUCCCCACACCCAACAUUCACAAGUGGCAAAGUUUUCUUUUGAGUCUGCAUCAAUACAGCAAAAUCUCUAUUUACCUACAUCCAUAAUGAUUGAAAAUGAAAACUAACAUUAUCAGGGACAAGAUUCCGUGCAUAUAUCUCUAUCUAUCAUCUAUCCAUCCAUCCAUCUAUCUAUCUAUCUAUCUAUCUAUCUAUCUAUCUAUCUAUCUAUCUAUAUCUAUCUAUCUAUCUCACUGAGCAUUAAUGAGGGGAAAAAGUAAAUUGUGUCUUUUAAGACUACGAAUUUGCUCUCAAGAAUCACUGGCUAGAUUACUCCUAGCUCCUGAGAAGGACAUAUUCAUUAACUGAGGAUGCAGCAGACCAGAUAUGAAUACCCUUACAUAGCCUUGUUGAUGUUAAAAGAUUACAAAACUACACAUAAAUUAAUCUGGGCCAGUUCCACAAAAGCAUAAGGAAAUGAUUCAACAGUAAGUAAUUUCAAGAGUGUUCCCAUCCCACCCCCUUUAGUGCAGGAACUUUAGCAUAAUCUUUAAUUUCACAUAAAUGUUUUUAAUAACUUAUUUUAUUAAAAGGCAAAAUAGACCAAAGAUAAAGGUCAUAAAGAAACAUUGUUACAGCAGGUUGAGAUCAGUAUAAGGUUGGACAUUAUCAAGGAACUUGUAUGUUCCAAAACAUUACAAAAAGGUACCCAUUUUUUCAUAAUAAUAUCACAGAAAUAUUUAUAUUUAAUUUAUUAAGAUGGAACAGAUAAUUGUAUUGGCUAUUUCAGUUGUCUCUUUGCUUAAAAUUUUCAAUGAUUGUUAGUGGAUUCAUCUUUUUGGUAGAGUUUUUGGGGAAGCUAUUUUUAUUUUUUAAAUGCAUUUAGGAAGUUGCUUGUUUUUCAUUGGCUCUUUCAAUGUUUUAUUGCAUUGGGCAGCCUUUUAUAUUACAUUUUGUAUUCAUUUACUGUUUUAUUCUUCUAUAUGUUUUUAUGUUUGUAACAACUAAAAAUAAUGGGGGGCGGGGAGGCAAAAGUGGUUUGAAAGGCACAUUUCUGAUGGGGUUCUUCUCUUAUUAGGGCUGUCCAAAUACAUUUUGCUCCUUGAGGUGAAAGACAAGUUGAAGCCUCUCUUCAUUCCAUGUAGAAAAGCAGGUUCUUUGGAGGAUGUGUGGCCAGUGCAUCUCUAUUCAGUCCUUGUCUCUUAGGAUCUGAGGUGGCCACUUCACUUAGCCUAAUGGUCAGUCGGUUGGCCAGAUUUUAUCCUACUCUCAUCUCUGGUCAAGCAGGCAGUGCAGGUUUCAGAAAUAAUGCAAAAAAUCUGCCAAAUGUGUGUACCAGAAGCAAAAGUGGGAUGAAUGUACAUGCAGUUCUUCUUCUUUCAGACUACUUUAAACUGAAAAUUAUGAUGCAUCUCAGGCACAUAAAUGUCAUUUCUUAAUGAAACCAUAGAAUCAUAGAGUUGGAAGAGACCACAAGGGCCAUCGAGUCCAACCCCCUGCCAAGCAGGAAACACCAUCAGAGCACUCCUGACAUAUGGUUGUCAAGCCUCUGCUUAAAGACCUCCAAAGAAGGAGACUCCACCACACUCCUUGGUAGCAAAUUCCACUGUUGAACAGCUCUUACUGUCAGGAAGUUCUUCCUAAUGUUUAGGUGGAAUCUUCUUUCUUGUAGUUUGGAUCCAUUGCUCCAUGUCCGCUUCUCUGGAGCAGCAGAAAACAACCUUUCUCCCUCCUCUAUGUGACAUCCUUUUAUAUAUUUGAACAUGGCUAUCAUAUCACCCCUUAACCUCCUCUUCUCCAGGCUAAACAUGCCCAGCUCCCUUAGCCGUUCCUCAUAAGGCAUCGUUUCCAGGCCUUUGACCAUUUUGGUUGCCCUCCUCUGGACACGUUCCAGUUUGUCAGUGUCCUUCUUGAACUGUGGUGCCCAGAACUGGACACAGUACUCCAGGUGAGGUCUGUCCAGAGCAGAAUACAGUGGCACUAUUACUUCCCUUGAUCUAGGGAAAAUGAAUGAAUGUUUAUGUCAGAAUAAACAUGUCAGAUGAUUUAAAUCAAUAUGUUUUGAGUCUAGUACUACUUAUUGAAAUUGGAUGGGGGGCGGGGAGUCAACUGCAGUACAGUCUAUCACAGGUGUAAUUAACUUUUGUCCCAGAGUAUGAUCUGAUGGUACCUGAGGCCACCAUCCAACUGAAGCUAAGCAGGUAUGGGCGAUGCCAGGAUGGGUGACCACCUGGGAACCACGUGUAUGUUGCCUUAGUUUCCAUGGUGAGAGAAAGGUGGGAUGUAAGAUGAUGACUGAUUGAUCAAAUUAAGCCACUCAAACAAUGCCAGUUUAAACUUAUUUCCUCUUCCCUUUCAAAAUAGGCAUUCAACAUCAGGACAAAAGUAAGGAGACAUCAUGGUUCUGAAGUACCAAAAAAUGGAUUUUACCAGUAACCAGUGUUAAAAGAGUUCCCAUCUUGUGAAGGAGAUACUACAGUAUUAUUAUUUUUUACUGUUUCUUCACAGUGGCAAUAAACAUUAUACUAAGCAGAUGAUGAGCAAACCAGCCAUAUGUUUUUUUGGAUGGAGCCUUUACCUCCAGAAGGUCAUUUUAAAGUCCCAGGACAUUAAGAAAAAAAUCGAAAACCUUUCUUUGUAUAUCAUUUGUCAUCUGAGCCUGCUGAAGCAUUUCUCCAAUCUAACUUCUCUAUGCUCCUUUUAACAGUGUUUUGCUUAGAUGUGUGCCAUUGUCUAUAUACUAACGCAUACCCUUGACUGUCAGGAGAGACCUAGCUUUGACCUAGAGUCCUCCUUCAGGAAUGCAGUUUUUGUAGUUCUUUAUGCAUCUAUUUUUGUAGAAAUACAGAAAGUUUGCAUCAGCACUGGUGGGCUAUUUUAGAACAAUGUAUUUUUUAAAAUUUAAAGUUUUGAAAAUUUUAAGUUCUGUUUUAAAGAACUUGCUCUCAGAGACGCACUGGCAAAUCUUUUGAAAUGCAUAGGUUUUUAAAUGUCUGAUGUGGUUGUAUGAGAAUUUGUUGUUGUGACCUGAAGUAUCUUGUCAUGAUCAAACGGUUCAAUCCCCCAUAUAACAACCCCACAAGAUCUUGAAUGUACUUUGCCUUUCGCUUAAGCAAUUGUUCAAAUGUAAAAUAGUGUCUACAGCAGUGCUCUUUCGUUGAAAAAUGACUAUUUGCUUUGCUGCUUCUGAUGACAACUUUGAACUGGGUACCUGAUAAGAAUAUGUUGCUGAAAUAAUGAAGUACAGACGCUUUUAACUGAAAUCCUAAACAGAUGGGUAGCCUUGAGCCUUUAAAUUCAUCUCAGCUGCAGUGUUAACAUGACAGUAGCUGAAGAGAGAUGCAGCACCUUGUUGCUUGAGGUCCAUACCCUACUUUCCUGCCAACCUCCCCCUAUAGCCUGCUAGAACAUAGAGUGGGAUUCCAAGAGCAAGUUUAGGUGUGUUCAAGGGACUGUGUGCACCAUUUAAUUUUUCACUGUUUUCCUCUUGAAGGGUAGACUGAUUUAGAGGAUUUUUCCCUAGCCAUACCAUUCUUUGGCUCCAGAUCAGAGCUAGCCAAUAAUUGCACUGGUCUACGGAACAUGUUAAAUGCCUUGCACAAAGACACUAGUACAGUUGUCUGAGUACAAGCAUGAACACAGCACAGUAAGCUUUCGCUGGUGCCACAGUUCUGGGGAUAGCACCUUGUAGCAAAGCUAGGGCCAUUUUUUUGGCCUGUUAGCUACUGUGCUGUUCAUAGAAACAGGAUCUUCACUGAAAAAAAUCAUUGAAUAUCAAUGGGGCACACAAAUAGGUAUCAAGACUAUUAAUUACCUAGCUUAUAACCAAACAUACUAUUAUUGGGCUGGGUUGGGGUUUUGGGGUGGGGGCGUGAUAAUUCCAAUGAACCAUUCUUGUGAUGAGGAAAAAAAUCUAACAGGAAUUAUAGAGUCUGAAGCAUAUUUUGCAAGUAUUUAUAGGUCAUGGGGGGACCUUUCCACCAAUGGCUUUUGCAUUCUGAAUCAGCCCCUUUUUGGUGCGAAAACUUUGUAUAUUCCAAAAAGCUCAGUAUUUUCAAAUCCUGGAAUAAAGCUACUCAUUUUCCACAAUCUGAUGUCAGCUGGCAGUCCAUUGAGUGCCGCCUUCACUACUCUUCAAUACAAUUAAAUUAGGAAGUCAUUGGCUAAACCGAAUUUGCCCAUGGAUCCAUAAUCAGCAAGACGUUUCUAGAAUAUGUGCUAAAGUUAAACCUGUGGUGAGAUUCUUCAGUAGUCUGAGGUCUAAAGCAGGUACAUGAAGCAGCAUGCAUGCAAACAUGACUUAUUAGGGCUCAUCUAGACUUCUGCUUGUGCCACAUUUCUAGGCCCGGCUCCAGCCUUUAAAUUUCUGUGUCUGAACAUUGGUUUUGCUUGUUUGUUUUUUGACCUGGUGCUUUCCCUGUGAAAACCCACAUUAUACCGCUGAAUCAGAGCCAACAGCAACUGGGUUUUCUACAGAUUACCAUUUGCUCCAAUUCGGCGGUAAAAUGUGGGUUUUCCCAGAGAAAGAGCCAGGGGGAAAAAAACAACAACACCCACUGGACACAGAGCUUUAAAGCACAUAACUGUAUCUGGAAAGCACAGCACAAAAGGAAUUCUGGAUGAGCCCUAAGUGCUACAAACUGCUGCUUCAACUUGAAGGAAAUUCAAAUGCAGGGAAUGUUCCUCCUGAUUGGAAAAAAUAAAACGAAAGCUCCUUGUUGUGUGCAGUCCUUUUCUUCAAUUUCCUUGGGAUGAUGGUUAUUACAAAAAAUAAAAUAAAUUACAUUCUGCCGAUUUCAAGUAUGUGU